GUUUGUGUUGUGUGAAAUACUCGUGCUUUAAUUAUUUUUUAAGCUUUGUAAACAAUCAAGUAUGCUUACUACAAAAACAUUUCUUAGGAAAACUAAGAAAGGAAAUAUUUUGAAGAUCGUGAGGGAGCAUUAUCUCAGAGAUGAUAUCUGGUGUGGAUCCAACUUGUGUGCCAAGUGCCUUCACAAAGCUCACGAACUGGUCUUGGAUGAUGAACCAGUUUCAAACAGUUCUUUGUUCAGCUUCCCACACUACGUGGUAGUGGAUACCUGCGUGGUGCUCAACCAGAUAGACGUGCUGGAAGAAAAGGCGAUGUGCAACGUCAUCGUGGUGCAGACGGUUCUGGACGAGGUGAAGCAUCGCAGCUCCUCCGUGUACAAGCGCUUGAAGGACAUCCUGUCCAACCCUCAGAGGAAGUUCUACAUCUUCGUGAACGAACACCACAGGGACACGUACGUGGAGCGCCGGCCGGGGGAGACGGUGAACGACCGCAACGACCGAGCCAUCCGCGUGGCGGCGGCGUGGUACGAGAGCCACCUGGCGGGCCCGGGGGAGCGUGUGCGGGCGGUGCUGCUCACGGACGACGCCGGCAACAAGGAGCGGGCCGUGGCCGAGGGCCUGACUGUGUGCACCGUAGUGGAGUACGUGCGCAGCCUGCGCGGCCACGCGGGGCUGGAAGACAAGCUGAACCUGGCCAGCCUGCAGUACGUGGGCGGCUGGGCGGGGCGGGAGCCCCUGUUCCCCCCGCACCUCACCCCCGCCCAGGUGCACGCCGGCGUGAGGAGCGGGCGUCUCUGCCAGGGCACCUUCCUGGCCUCCCGCGAGAACUUCCUGGAGGGCCAGGUCAACGUGGACGGCCGGGACGGCAUGGUCCUGGUCCAAGGUCGAGAAGGCCUGAACCGGGCCGUCGAUGGUGACACGGUGGCCCUGGAGAUGCUUCCAGAAGACCAGUGGGCUGCUCCUUCUGAGAUUGUUUUGGUGGACGAAGGAGAUGAUCCAGGAGACGUCCUAGAGGAGGAGCCGUCUCCCGCCCCAGAGGAGACGAAGCAGCGGGCGGAGAGACAGCCGACCGGCAGGAUCGUUGGGAUCAUUCGCCGGAAGUGGCGUCAGUACUGCGGGAUCCUGCAACUGAAUCCUGUUCAAGGGAGCUCACGCCACAUAUUUGUACCGGCUGAGCGGAAGAUACCGAAGAUACGACUGGAAACCAGGCAGGCAGAUACUCUUGCAAACCAGCGAAUAAUUGCUGCCAUUGACUCGUGGCCACGUACUUCCAGGUAUCCAAUGGGCCACUUCGUGCGGGCGCUGGGGCCCGUGGGCGACAAGGACACGGAGAACGAGGUGCUGCUGCUGGAGCACGACGUCCCCCACAGCUGCUUCUCGGAGGCCGUGCUCGCCUGUCUGCCGGCCCUGCCGUGGCUCAUCACCGAGCAGGACGAGCGCAGAAGAGAGGACCUGCGGCACCUGGACAUCUGCUCCGUGGACCCUCCCGGCUGCACGGACAUAGAUGACGCCCUGCACUGCCGGGAGCUGGAGAACGGCAACUACGAGGUUGGCGUGCACAUCGCGGACGUGACUCACUUCAUCCGGCCGGGCACGGCCAUCGACAAGGAGGCGGCUCUGCGCGGCACGACCGUGUACCUGGUGGACAAGAGGAUAGACAUGGUGCCUGACCUGCUGAGCUCCAACCUCUGCUCGCUGCGCGGGAACGAGGAGAGGUUUGCGUUCUCGUGCGUGUGGGAGAUGACGCGUGACGCGAACAUCUUGGGCACCAAGUUCCACAAGAGCAUCAUCCGCUCCCGGCAGGCCAUGACGUACGAGGAGGCGCAGUUGAAGAUAGACGAUGCCCGGCAGCAGGACAGUCUCUCUCGCUCCUUGCGAGCCUUGAACGACCUCGCCAAGAUACUGAAGAGGAGGCGGAUAGACAACGGAGCGCUGGUACUGGCAUCUCCUGAAAUCCGCUUCCAAAUUGACGACGAGACACAUGACCCCAUAGAGGUGGAGUCAAAGAAACUGCGUGAAACCAACUCUAUGGUGGAAGAGUUCAUGUUGCUGGCAAACAUCUCUGUGGCCGAGAGAAUCCUGCAGGAGUUCCCGGAGUGUGCUGUGUUGCGUCGACACCCGCGGCCGCCGGACACAAACUUCCAGCCCCUCAUUUCAGUAGGCAAAAAGCUGGGGUUCGAGAUCGCCAUCGGCUCGGGCAGGGAGCUGGCAGAGUCCCUGGACGCAGCGGUGCGGCCCGACAACGCCUACUUCAACACCAUGCUGCGCAUCCUGGCCACGCGCUGCAUGAUGCAGGCCGUGUACUUCGCCAGCGGCAUGGAGCAGCCGGAGGACUUCUUCCACUACGGCCUGGCCUGCCCCCUCUACACCCACUUCACGUCCCCCAUCAGGAGGUACGCGGACGUGAUGGUGCACCGGCUGCUGGCGGUGUGUGUGGCCGCUGACUCCACGCACCCCGACCUGCUGGACAAGAGGAGGGCCCAGGAUCUGUGUAACAACCUCAACUACCGCAACAGGAUGGCCCAGUACGCCGGCCGGGCGUCCGUCGCCCUGCACACCCACCUGUUCUUCCGUGGCAAGAUUCAAGAUGAGCAGGGAUACGUGCUGUAUGUGCGCAAGAACGCGUUGCAGAUCCUGAUCCCCAAGUACGGCUUCGAAGGCACCCUGUACGUCCGGCCUCGCAGAGGGGAGAAGAUGAGCGUGCAGUUUGUGUACAAUGAGGAGGACCAGACGCAGCGCUGCGGAGACGUGGUGUUCCACACGUUCGACCCGGUCACCGUGCAGCUGAGCCUGGACCGCAGCAACGUGCAGCAUGAGAGGGUGUUGCUGCAUGUAGUUGCAGUGAGAGUGUAGUACUGUAUUGCCCGCACGCACAGGACCAGACGCAGCGCUGCGGAGACGUGGUGUUCCACACGUUCGACCCGGUCACCGUGCAGCUGAGCCUGGACCGCAGCAACGUGCAGCAUGAGAGGGUGUUGCUGCAUGUAGUUGCAGUGAGAGUGUAGUACUGUAUUGCCUGCACACACAGGACCAGACGCAGCGCUGCGGAGACGUGGUGUUCCACACGUUCGACCCGGUCACAGUGCAGCUGAGCCUGGACCGCAGCAACGUGCAGCAUGAGAGGGUGUUGCUGCAUGUAGUUGCAGUGAGAGUGUAGUACUGUAUUGCCUGCACGCACAGGACCAGACGCAGCGCUGCGGAGACGUGGUGUUCCACACGUUCGACCCGGUCACCGUGCAGCUGAGCCUGGACCGCAGCAACGUGCAGCAUGAGAGGGUGUUGCUGCAUGUAGUUGCAGUGAGAGUGUAGUACUGUAUUGCCUGCACGCACAGGACCAGACGCAGCGCUGCGGAGACGUGGUGUUCCACACGUUCGACCCGGUCACCGUGCAGCUGAGCCUGGACCGCAGCAACGUGCAGCAUGAGAGGGUGUUGCUGCAUGUAGUUGCAGUGAGAGUGUAGUACUGUAUUGCCUGCACACACAGGACCAGACGCAGCGCUGCGGAGACGUGGUGUUCCACACGUUCGACCCGGUCACCGUGCAGCUGAGCCUGGACCGCAGCAACGUGCAGCAUGAGAGGGUGUUGCUGCAUGUAGUUGCAGUGAGAGUGUAGUACUGUAUUGCCCGCACGCACAGGACCAGACGCAGCGCUGCGGAGACGUGGUGUUCCACACGUUCGACCCGGUCACCGUGCAGCUGAGCCUGGACCGCAGCAACGUGCAGCAUGAGAGGGUGUUGCUGCAUGUAGUUGCAGUGAGAGUGUAGUACUGUAUUGCCUGCACGCACAGGACCAGACGCAGCGCUGCGGAGACGUGGUGUUCCACACGUUCGACCCGGUCACCGUGCAGCUGAGCCUGGACCGCAGCAACGUGCAGCAUGAGAGGGUGUUGCUGCAUGUAGUUGCAGUGAGAGUGUAGUACUGUAUUGCCCGCACGCACAGGACCAGACGCAGCGCUGCGGCGACGUGGUGUUCCACACGUUCGACCCGGUCACCGUGCAGCUGAGCCUGGACUGCAGCAACGUGCAGCAUGAGAGGGUGUUGCUGCAUGUAGUUGCAGUGAGAGUGUAGUACUGUAUUGCCUGCACGCACAGGACCAGACGCAGCGCUGCGGAGACGUGGUGUUCCACACGUUCGACCCGGUCACCGUGAAGCUGAGCCUGGACCGCAGCAACGUGCAGCAUGAGAGGGUGUUGCAGCAUGUAGUUGCAGUGAGAGUGUAGUACUGUAUUGCCUGCACGCACAGGACCAGACGCAGCGCUGCGGCGACGUGGUGUUCCACACGUUCGACCCGGUCACCGUGCAGCUGAGCCUGGACCGCAGCAACGUGCAGCAUGAGAGGGUGUUGCUGCAUGUAGUUGCAGUGAGAGUGUAGUACUGUAUUGCCCGCACGCACAGGACCAGACGCAGCGCUGCGGAGACGUGGUGUUCCACACGUUCGACCCGGUCACCGUGCAGCUGAGCCUGGACCGCAGCAACGUGCAGCAUGAGA